UAAGAGAUUUGAACCUAGUCUUUGUGUGGCUCGGUGUAAGGUAGGCGGGGGAGAGCUGGAGAGAAGGGCGAGGCCGCGGGAGGGUUGCAGCAGGGGAAGCAGAACAGGCGAUCAAGCCAUGGGAGAUGAUGCUUAUACCAGAUACGCCGCCUCCGGCGAUAGAGCUGGAAGUGUAGCGAGGUCUGGCCUUUCAAAUUACUCUGAAGCACCUCCUUUAACAUCUUACCCCAAUUCGACCUCCAUUGAUCCAUGGCGCAUCCCUCCUGAUUAUUUGCAGAAAGAAACAGAUUCAUCAGGACCUGGUACUUAUGGAUAUACUGACGUAGGAGGCAUUAGAAAUUAUCCAGAACCAGUUAUUGGCGGUGUGACAUCUGGAGUGAGUGCAACAGGCAACACAUCUCCUUUUCAUGAUGCACAAGCAAGGCAAAGACAUGAUAUUGCAGUGGGCAGUAGUCCAGGGUUGAUGGCUAUGGCUGACACAGGUCACGAAAAAGCCAAUUCUCUUGGUCUCAGAAAUCCUGAACGUGUUCCAAUUUCAGCUCAGGAAUCAAACAUUCUUUUCGUUGAUGGACUUCCUACAGAUUGUACUAGAAGGGAAGUUGGUCGUAUCCUUGCACCUUAUGCACUUGUCUUUUUUUUUUUUUUUUUU